AUGGAAGCAAGAGGACAGUCUGUUGUAAUCGAGUCCGAUCAGCAUUCAUCGUCGCAAACUUUAUGGCCUCUUCGCCAAGCACUUUAUGCAGAAUCUGUAGGAACAGAUGAUGAAGAGAAUGAGGACGAGCUAUCUCGAACUUGGUGGGUGAAAACUCGCUGGUUUCAGCGUCUUGUUCAAGUGUGUGCCGUAGUCAGCCUUACUUCUACAGCAAUGAAUUCGCCGGAGACGUUUAAAGAAUCCGGUUCACUUCAAUACAUCACUCUUGUAUUGGAUAUUGUGGUUGCAGUUGUAUUUAUUACCGAGAUGAUCGCUCAGAUAAACAUGUGGGGUCUAUGGAAAAAACAGAAGGCCUACUUCAAGAAACCGCAGUGCAUAUUUAACGCUAGUAUGGUUUUCCUCAUAAUACUAUCGAUCUUGUUUCAAGUAAUUGAAAUUUCAGGCCAUUCUCCCGAUCCGGCAGAUUACAUUGCAUUUUCUAUUCCAAGAGCCCCAAGAGCUCUUAUUAUUGUUCGAUUCUUCAAUGUUCUCAUCACAAUAAGCCUGCCAAAGACAGUUGCUCGCCGAUGCAAGCGACAGAUCUGGGCUGUCACUUUAUUUUUGUUAUACUUCAUGGCAUUCGCUUCAAUCAUCGGCGUUCAAUUAUUUGGACGAAAGAAUUAUUAUUGCGUGAAAAACGGUGCUGAUUUGAAUAAUGUUACAUACAAUGAUGUUUUACUCACAGACCAUCGAUGCAAUAAUGACACUGGUGAAAGAGGCUAUUUUUGUCCUAGAAAUUUCAGUUGUGUCUUUGUCGAUUUUAAUAAAAAGGACAAAGACUACUUCGGCGAUUUUCUUCGCAGCAUUUUAACCGUGUACGAAAGUUCCACUCAAGAAGGCUGGGUUCUUGUUAUGUACAGAAUGACGGACUUUCGAUCUCGUCCAUUAGUUUAUGUUUAUUUUGUGUUGCUUAUUUUCUUCAUUGCCUGGCUCGUGAAAAACGUCUUCAUUGCUGUCGUCUCGGAAACCUUUGCCGAUAUUCGGAGCCUGUAUAUGUAUAGUCGGAAAUCUUCGAAGCGUACUUCGGCUCGACUAGCUUCUCAAGUCAUCAAGGAGGGAGGAACUGGUUGGCAUUUAGUAUCGUUAGAUCAUGAAGCACAUAAGGGACACGCACCACUGCCUGUUAGACAAUUAGUUAACUCUAGUUACUUCAAAUACACAAUGAUCUUCUUUGUUGUGGUUGAUGCUAUCGUACAAGCAGCUUUGAAGUUUCCCUGGAGAAGAUACCCACAGUUCGGGUUUACCAUACUUUUCGACUUGGAAGUUCUUCUUAAGAUCUCAUGUAUGGGUUUUCGGCCUUUCCUUCUUCGUAAAAUGCAAUUGACAGAGUUUAUAUUAGCUGUUGGUAGUACUGUUUUCGCUUUGCCACUUUUGAUCUCCGAGAAAGCUGCUUUCUUAGCUUUCUUUAAUGUUAUGAGGAUAAUACGACUUGUUGGGGCAAUACCGAGUUUGCAAGAGUUCUGUGAAAAAAUCUUUGGUACGGGAAAAAAGCUCGGAGCGGCCAUUGUAUUUACGCUGUUUUUCGUCAUGGUUUCCUCCGUGAUCAGUAUGCAGUUCUUUCUGACUUUGGAUCCUAAGAAAUUCGGGACCUUUAUGCUGUCAGUCCAGUCCAUGUUUCAGAUUAUUACUCAGGAAGGAUGGGUCGAAGUUUUAGAUGGACUUAUAAAUGCCACUACCAACACCUUUGCCAAGAUUCUAGUUGCGAUAAUCAUCUUGGCAUGUCAUCUUUUCUCGUCGCUUAUCAUUAUGAGCGUAUUUGUUGCAGUCAUCCUGGACAACUUGGAACUUGACGAAGAGGUGAAGAUCAUGAAACAGAAGAAAAUUGGCCAAGAGAGCCGAGAAUCCACCGAGGAACUUCCACUGCGUCUUCGGGUCUUCGAGCGUUUCCGGGAUGACCCGCGUCUUGUCAAAAUGAGUAGGAUUAAAAUGUCCGCGGAUUUUUCCACGCCUAAGAUCCGCGACAGUUUCAUGAAGAAGUUUAUAGACGGCUCUAGCGUGGAAACAGCACUGGCUGUUGAUCCACGAAAGCAGCUCGGGGAGACUUCGCAGCUAAGAAGGCGGCGGACUGCAAUUCCUAUAAAGCUUUUAAACUCGACGGUAUCUGAGGUGGAUAAGCUUUCGAAGUUUGUCCGCAAGCAGUCGAGUAUUACUGCGUUGAUCAACGAUUCCAAUCGCCGAAGAACGUAUGCGCUACUUUCACCUACCGAAGUUUCCCCGAGGAGCGCUGCAAUUCAAGGCAGCAACAACAACAAACAGCAGCCGACGUCAGUCUUCCGAUCUGCGUCGAGGCGAUUCCGGAGCCGCCCGCCUCCGUCUCCGAAACCAGCUCAAGGUAAUCCUCAGGUCAUGAGAAUGGCCAGCCAAGCUACAGGUCUCCACGCCCAGUUGAAUCAGGAUGACACCAAUAUCGGGCGAGAUUUCGACAUCCAGUGGGUUCGGGUCAGACGUGAAGAGGUUCAGCGGAAAAAGAAAGCUCAAAUUGACAAGCUUCGCGAGAAUCAUCCCUACUUUGACCAGCCUCUCUUCUCACUGCAGCGUGACUCAUGGUUUCGGAUAUUUCUUCAGAGCUUAGUGAACGCGCGUUACUCAAUUCCUCCUGGUUAUACGGAGCGGGCGUCACGCAAUAACAUUGUCACGAUGGCACGGCUUCAAAAGUGUCUCGCGUCACAGACGUACCUGGAGUGGAUAAUGAUCAUUGUUACGCUUAUCUCUUGCAUUGCUAUGAUGCUCGAGACUCCAACCCAGCGAACCUUUAUGAAUUCUUCAACAGAAGUCGUCGAAUACAUUUUCGUGGUUGCCAUGAGUUUGGAACUGGGUGUUCGAAUCCUUGCGAACGGUUUGAUCUUCACGCCUAAUGCCGUCAUUCAGAACUUUGGGGGUGUCCUUGACGUCACUACGUACCUCGUGGCACUUGCCUAUGUUUCCUGGCAACCACAUCCGAUACCUGCCCGCUCAGGGGCUCAAGUGUUGAUGGUUUUAAGGUGCCUUCGUCCAUUGCGCAUUGUCACAUUGGUGCCUAAGAUGCAAAAGGUGAUUCUCGAGCUGGUGGGUGGCUAUAAAGAAAUACUUAAAGUUAGCGCACUACAGUUGCUGCUCAUGUUCAUCUUUGCCAGCUAUGGUGUUCAAGUAUUCGCUUUCAGAUUUGGAAGCUGCAACGAUCGCACGAAAAAUACCCGAGAGGAGUGCAUUGGAACCUUCGAAAUAGAGAUCGCCCCACCUCGUGAACUACGCGACCUUUCAGGGACGUCUACAAUCCUUGUUCCUCGUGUAUGGAAAAAACCCAGAAAUUUUGACUUUGAUAACGUCAUCCACGCAUUUCUGGCUUUGUUUGAAGUUCUUUCCUUAGAAGGUUGGCUGGAAGUGCGAGAUGUGAUCCAAGCAGUGGUGUCUCCUGAGUAUAGUCUGUAUGUCCACAUUUACGUACUCAUUGGAAGUAUGAUCGGACUAACUUUGUUUGUUGGAGUAAUUGUUAUGAAUUUUAACGAGAACAAAGGCAUCGCGCUUCUUACUGUUGAUCAACGUCGCUGGCAAGACUUGAAGAAGCGCUUGCGACUCGCACAACCUCUUCAUAUUGCGCCAAGACCGAGAAAAGAGGGGAUUCGUGCCGUAUUAUUCGACGCCACACAGUCAAAAAUAUACAAAGGUAUCGAAGUCAUUUUGGUGGUUGUUAUCUGCUUGACUGUUACGAUUGCUCAGUGGACCACUGAAGACAACCUGCGCCUGCGAGACGGCUUGACCAGCACUGCAGCGGCGUGUUCGAUAUUCUUCGUUGUAGACAUGGUUCUCAAGAUUAUCGCCUUCACAUUUCAAGGAUACUGGCAAAGCCGGAGAAACCGGUUUGACCUGUUUUUGACGAGCCUUGGAGUGUUGUGGGUAACUCUGAAUUUUUCUCUUAAAGGGAGUGGUAUGCCGUACACAGUCACCACCGUGUUUGGAAUGGUGAUAAUCCUGUUCCGUUUCUUGACGCUUGCUGGUAAACACGACACGCUCAAGAUGUUAAUGUUGACCGUUGUCAUGUCGCUAGUAAAGAGUUUCUUCAUCAUCUCUGUUCUUAUCAUCAUUAUGGUAAGCUACUCGCUCGCUGGUGUGAUCUUAUUCGGCACAGUCAAAUACGGAGAGGCGUUAAAUCGCCAUGCCAACUUUAAGACAAGUUUCUAUGCUAUGAUACUGUUGUUUCGAAUCACCACCGGAGAAGACUGGAAUAAGAUCAUGCAUGACUGUAUGAUAUCGAAACCGUACUGCACAGAAACGCCUGAUACGCCGAAUUUCUGGCAAACCGACUGCGGCAACAGUGCAGCAGCGCAUAUUUACUUCAUUUCGUUCUACAUUUUCGUAACAUUUGUCUUCCUGAACCUUUUCAUUGCUGUUAUCAUUGAGAAUUUUUCGCUUUUCUACUCCAGCGACGAAGAUUCUCUUAUAAGCAACACAGAUCUGAAGGACUUCCAGUUGACUUGGAACUUGGUGGAUAAGAGUCGUAAAGGCGUUUUAUCGGUCCGACAAGCUAAGCUUGUUCUUCGCUUACUCAAAGGCCGUUUAGAGGUGGACACAGGGUCGCUAUUGUUCAAGCACAUGUGCUGUGAGAUUGAAAAGCUUCGCAAUGGCUGUGAUGUUUCAUUCCAUGAUGUCUUAGGAGUGCUAGCCUAUCGAUCUGUUGACAUCAGCCGCAGCUUGCAACUCGAGGAGCUGCUCGAGCGAGAAGAAUUAGAAUACCAAAUCGAGGAAGAAGUUGCCAUACAAACAAUUCGUGACUGGUUCGUCAACCUUCGUAAGAAGCGCGUCGAGCGGGAAUGGAUUCGACAUUUGGAGCAAGGAGGAAUCCCAUUGGCUGGCGGUUUCCAGUUUGAUAAAAGCCCUGGAGCUUCAAGCGUAGAGAGCUUGGAACACUCAGCAAAUGAAGACCAAGAUCGAGAAGACCGUGACACAGAACGCGAGAUUCGUGAUCACGAAAGCAGUGAAGAUGACGAUAUUUCACUGUCAUCCCCUUCAAAAGGACCGGCGAUUCUCCUUUCGGCCCCACCUCCGGUUAUGAAAACAGAGCGCAGCAUUUCUACACCUCGUAAGAAUUCUGUUACGUUUCCAGAAGAAGUCUCGAUGUCACCAAAACGAAGAAAGAGUUUACCCGAAUCUCUAGCUAAUUCUAAGUCGCGAAGGAAAAGUUUGACUGAGGUGAAGGAGUUCGCGGGAGAAGUUCGUGAUUGGUGGAAUACACAGGAAAAUAAUCUGUAGGGCAUCUGGACGUCCAAGCCGACGAAACUGACACAUGUUAAGGAUGGAAAGACCUGAGAUGAAGUCUAUGAUCGUCAAGAUGUUUUUGCCGAACUUUUGAUAUCAUUAAGGAACUUUUGACUCCGUUCCGUAAGGUCACAUCUCGUAAAAUUUCAAACAAUGACUUUUCCCGUCGAUAAAGACAGAAAAGAAUCCAAAACCACUUUACAAAGCAGGCAGUGUAUCAAAUUUUUGUCGUUAAGACGACGAGCUUAAGUUUACUUGAGUGUUUAACUUAUAGGUUGCCAAGAUAAGCUUAGGUGACAUUACAAAGCUAUCUGUGAAAAGAAACUCAGAAUAUGAAGACCUCAGAAAGUAAUUACAUAUAGAAAAACUUUUUUAAAUUGUUUUUCUGGUUAGAUUUUGCCAAACGUCUUUCCUGUCAGAUGUAUCGUUAAAAAAAAGUGUACAGUAUCACAAAAGCACCUUUUUCGUUGAAUUAAAUGUUUAGACACCAAAAAUGUAAAACGAAUGUUUAUUUUUUUGGUGUUUAAACAUUAAAUUCAACGUAUCAUGAAAAAAGCAUGAAUCAGGCUUUUUAAUCUAUAUUACAAGGUGAAUUUAUAACUUGAAAAAGUGUUUUUUUUUCUUGAAUUUAAUUAACCCUUUUACCCCUAAGAGUGAUUGGCGUAUAAUUUCUCCCUAAAAUAUCUCCCCAUAUUUAAACAUUAAGAUCACAAGAAUUAAGGAAAUGCUCACAGACUGAAGAAGCUCUUGAUUGUUAUACAAAUUCUCCUUGUUAGCACCUUAGGAAAUGUAUAGAGAACAGUAAGGAGAAUGUGCAUGCUGGUGUUAGGGUGUAAAGGGUGAAGCCGCUGGCCACACAGUCGGAGCUUCUCCCUGUUUCUGUGAGGUUUGGCUUUUCUCUUUAGACACUUUCCUUCUCCUUUCUUUUCCAAUCCCUAGUAAGUAAUUACUACCCCUACCUUCUUCCUUGGAUAUUCGCCAGGCUUCUCUGAUAGCUCGCCGGUACUCGUUUUAAUUCCUGGGUGGAGAGAGACACUAGGAGUGAAGUGUUUUUCCCAAGAACAUAACACUUGUCCAGGACCCGAAUCCAGACCACACGUUCCGGAGUCCUGGGUACCAACUGCCAGGCCACCACGUUUCCACAAAUAUUGUUAAAGGAUACUUCAGACGAGAACAAAGUUGGUGACCCUUGGAUGUUAAAUUUACCGGAAUAAGGGAGUCUCCUCAGUGGAAGUGACUGAUGUUGAGGUUCUAGGAGCAAUUUGGUUUAGUUGGGACCAUUUUGAGCAUUGUUAUGUAACUGGGUAUACAUCCUCGGAGACCCAAGGGCUGUAAGUCGAUUUCAAGUUAGGGCGGGAGAGCCGGGCUCUCCCGUCCUGACUUGAAAUCGGACACUAGUGUCCUUUUUCGAAUUUUGGACACAAGGGUCCGAUUGUUUAUUUUGGACGCUGAUGUCAGAUUUUGAGCACUAGUGUCCGAUUCUGGAUUUGGACGCUACAGUCCGAUUUUGGAUUUCGGACACUAGUGUCCAAUUAUGAAUUAUUUGAGACACUAAAUUCCUAUUUUGAAUUUUGGAUACUAGAGUCCGAUUUUGGGUUUUGGACAGUUGAACAAGUUGGUUUUUAUGCGAGCAAUUUGUAUUUGAUGAAAGCAAUUUGUUUUCGAUGUGACACGUGGGCCGCCGAGACUGGGCCACCGAGGGCCACCGUACAUUCCCCCUCUCCACUCCCCAUCUUUUUCCCUCCGCCUCCAACCAACCAGAAAAGACUGGGUAGAAGUUUGGGGAACAAGACCGUGCGCAAUAAUUACCAAGCGCAAUUAAUUACCAAGAACUUUUCACUGAAGUUGUUUCUAACAGUUUAGGCUGUGUUUCGCUUGUAAAAAGGUAAGAAAUUUUCAUCCGUCUUCAGUUAUGUUACAGAAACUAUUGUCACGGCGAUAAGCGAUCUCCGUCUAAAUCAAAGGCAAUGACAUAACUUACUUGCACGUUGUCGAUAUCGAUAUCACGACAGGUUCGUAUCUGUCUGUUUUGCAUUGUGUCUGGAAAUUUGAACAUUUAAUAAAGCCUCUAUUUCUGAUUUGUGGCCCAAAGCCAAAGCAUGGAAAUUAAAUCUAGACUACUGCAAUAAGAAAUACUCGGAAAAGUGGUGAAUUUUACUGUGAUUUCUUAAAAACUUUCCGUCAGAUCGAAAGUGAUUACAAUGUAUGGUUCAACGAAAGUUAAAGAGAGGUUUUGGUUUUUCUGUAUCAAUAGAAAUCUUAAUUUCUUUUUAUAAAAUUUCUAAUCAUGUGAUUUCUCUCGUAAGUUACUGUCGACUAUUAGGCUUUUCGUUAAUUGUUGUUAAUAAUCCUUACAUUGUAUUGAACCUCUGCUUAGAUAAACUUUCAAGAUAUUUUGGUUUUGUCAACUGAGUUGAUACUGUGAAUUGACCAACGUAGAGAGUUUCUAAAGCUGAAAUUUCAAGUAUUACCCAUUUGUCAUUCACUCUGAUGAUGCUUGAAACGUCAGCUUCAGAAACUCAUUGCAGUGGCCAUUGUAUAUUAUCAACUCAGUUGAUGAAACCAAAUUAUCUUAUUUUAUAACCCCCUUAUUAAUUUUCAUGCCACUCCAUUGGCUUCUUUAUGUUGUGCAGUCCAAAAUCAAGGGACAGUUAUCACAUGAUAACCCCAAUCUACACUGAUAUUUGUCCCCCAGUUAAUAUCUGUUGAAAAGUUACAAAGCCAGUAGGAAAAAGCCAGCCCAAGAUUUCUGCUUUUUUUAUAUCUGUUACUUUAACAUGGAAGAAAAUGAGCUUGUUUUGUGGAGUCCAGUGCCAGUGAUGUUAAAAAGAUUAUCUCAAAUACUGCUCUGGAAAGUACACAAAGUUAUUUGAUCCCCAAAGUUUCACAUUUGUCCUCAAAUUUUUACUUCCUGGCCAAAUAUUCUUUCUUGGACAAUCUCUCAGCUGCUUACAUUUUCAGCUGACAUACAUGUUUUCCAAAGGGGUUUAUUUACUUAAUACCACUCCCUUUCGUUGAUGCAAAUUUCUUAGGAAACUUUCCCCUUAUAUUCAACUGAAACUUACACAAGAAUAAGAUCUCUAGUUAAUGUUAUAUCCUAAUUUCUUCUUAUAAUAUCAUCCCCAAAUCAUACAUUUAGGCUACAGGAAUAGAGGAAAUGGUCACCAACUAAAGAAGUUGAUUGCUUGAUUGCUACACAAAUUCUGCUGUUCAACACCUUAAGAAAUGUAUAGACCAUAGUAUGGAGAGUUUGCAUACUGAUGUUAGGAUGUAAAGGGUUAAUGAUUUCAGUCUUUCAACUUUCCAGUAUGCAGGUGUCCUUCUAUAAGGAUUUUUUACCCUUAGGUAAAUAUUUUCAGCUGCUCUUAUAAAGGGUCAGUGGUUUCUUUUUAUUAUAGGAAUGGGUAGUACCUCAUCAGCAUCAGUUGCAGCAGACUCAGGUGCCGGUGUUGCCAUUGUCGCCCAGACCCCUUCUGCUGGUUGUCCAGUCCAACACAGUACACCUGUGCCAUCAGUCAGUGAGUGUCCUGCCCAUCAAGGAGGCAGUGUAAAACCACAAGCUAGCCAGUGUCCUAUCAGCGGAGGAGCUGGCUGUGAUAGUGCUGCUCUUGAUAACAGUUCAGAUGCGUUGGAUCCAAGUAACAUGGUAAAUAUUCUUUAGUACCCUUUGGUUAUUGAUUUGGUUGCCAUGGCAUGUUGAAAAAAAAUAUUGGUGACUGAAAUUGUACCCAAAUUUAUUCCAAAGUCAUGAAUUUGGUGACCUAUAUUUGGUGAUCGUGCUGCAGCCUGUUUUCGUUUUUGUUACAUAGUGUUUAUGGUCUCAAAUUAUAGUGUGGCUUGAGCAUUUGGUUAUAAUACUUUGUACUACUCAGUACAAUAUGUUUGUCUCCAUUUUUUUUCAUUCUAUUUUUAACUUUUUUUCCUGUCAACAAAAAUUUUAUUUCUGGCAGCCAUGUUAUUUUACAAGGUAUGGAAAAUAUUUUACGCUUGAAAUACUCAACACUUACAUCCUCUGGCCACAUUUCUCAAUUAAAACCCUGAUUUACACUGAAAUAAAACACUAGUGGUGGAUUCCAUGUGUGCACUUCUGUCUAUGCUUUGGAAAUGCCAUGCAGUUACUCAACCUUUUAACCCCUGUAAGUGAUGAUCAUCUAAUUUAUCCUAACAGUAUUACUCCUGAAUGAAAGUGUAAAGGGUUAUUUGCUCUCUUUGUAGAUGCCACCACCAAAUCAACAGCCCUCUCCAGGCCAGCCCUUUCCUCUGCCAAUAAAUCGCCAGGUGUCUUCCAUCCCUAGAGGAGGCACUGGCAAGGAUGAGAACUGGGUGUACCCAUCUCAGCAAAUGUUUUGGAAUGCAAUGUUACGCAAGGGUUGGAAAUGGCAGGAGGAUGAAGUACAGGAAAAUGAUAUGGCCAACAUUAUCAGGAUUCAUAAUGCUAACAACGAGAGUGCAUGGCAGGAAAUACUGAAAUGGGAAGCACUUCAUGCCAAGUAGGAUGAUAAUUAUGCUUAACCCAUUAACCCUAAGAGUGAUCGGCAUCAAAUUUCUCCUUACAAUAUCACCCCUGAAUUUAAACAUUAAACAUGAAUUUAGAUAAUAGUCACUCCAAGGGGAGAAAGGGUUAAUCACUUCUCUGGAAACUUAAAUAUUGGCUAUUCCCCAUUUAUUAAUAUUUAUUAUUUUUAUGGUAAUGAAUACUUUUUUUUUCCAGUGAGUGUGGAACACCCAGGCUGCUUAGUUUUAAAGGGAAGGCAAAAGAGUUUUCUCCAAGAGCAAGAAUGCGGAAUUGGCUGGGGUAGGAUCAAAUACAUGUUCCUUCCUGUAAAUGGUUUGAAUCAAGGGGUAAUGUGUAAUCAUGUAGUCUGAUUUCCCAGGUGGGUAUAAUCCUGAGAAGGACUGUUGCUGGUAGUAGUGACUGAGGUUUCAACAACCGUUGUGAUCAAGAUGAACUUACGCCACUUGAGUCUUACAGCCAAUAACAUUAUGGCUAAACUGACAAAUCAGUUUUCACAAACUGGAUGUAGUGCAUUUGACUGACAACAACUCCUCACUUGACUCUGAUGAUGACUUCCUCUCAGGUUGUCCAAAUGUCAAUCACUAUUACUGACAACAGGCCUUCUCCGGAUUAUUGUCACCUGGAUGAUCAGACGACUUGAUUACAUAAUAAUUCCUUCCUUGCCAAAAAAAUUGUGUGUGUUAUAUUAAAUCUUUGGCUUUGCAUUUUUCUUUAAAGUCAUGUUUACUUGAAGUUACUUAUGUCAAUGGCAAACUUAAUUUCAUUUCUAAUAUAUAGGAUAGAACCUUUUUAAUUUGGUGAAUUGGUCAUCUGUAUACAAAGUGAUCCAUUUUCAUUCUUGUGCUCCCCUGUUUUAAUUUUGGUGAAACCUCAUAUAAGAAGAAAACCAGGUCACUCUUCUAUGGUUCCUUAAUAAAAAUUUCAACCUUUUCUCCUUAACUCAAUCACUCCUAGGAUCUGAUUGUUAAUUACUCCGUCAAGCUUCUACACAUUUCCUUGUAAAUCAGUCACGAGAAUUUGGUGUUAGAUUAAGACAGCAACUAUAACCUGAUAAGUUUGAAUAUUUUCAUCAUCUGUUUGCCGAAUAACGUAUGGAUAGGAUAGGGAGAAGUUACAUGUUAAUCACUUCUGGGAUUUAAAGGGUCAAUAACAACACAAAGUCAUGGUGUUAAGGACAGCAAUAAUUUGCCACACUCCCCCUCUAUACGUAGAGAGAAGAAUUAUAUAUAAUAUUUAUGAACAGAAAAUAUAAUUUACACAAAUGCAUGCGCUAACAUUUGAAAUUUUAACUUAUAUUCCCCAGUUACGAGCUUCCAUUUGAUCGUCACGACUGGGUUAUCGAUCGCUGCGGCCGGGAAGUCCGAUAUAUUAUCGAUUACUACGAUGUAGGUGACGAAGAGGCUUACAAGAGAGGAGAGUUUGUCGCUCUUGAUGUCCGACCAGCUAUGGAUUCUCUCCAAGCGGUUUUAGACCGUGCGAGGAUCGCAGUACUACGAUGGACACUCUAUUUUAGAAGUGGAAAUGACGAAUAAAUGAAGAACAAUUUUAAGGAAUUAGAAGGCUUGGUGCAUGUUGUGCGGAGGGAAACAUGGAGAGAAAUGGAAUUGAUUCAGAGGAAUUACAGAUAUUUUUGCAAAAGCUGAGCUCAAAGGAAGGACACUGAUCUUUAUUUGGAGCUGUAUAUUUAACUGAAUACUGUGAAGUAUUUCAAAAUUAGCGAGUGACUAGUGAGUUAUACACUCUACUACUCUAUACUCUUUUGACACAAGGAGUGGACAAAUUUUUUGUUCCACCGCCAGAGUUCGUCUUCAUUUUGAAUUUUACUUGAUCGUUUCAUAAUUUAUUGUACAUAUACAUGUCUAUGAACUGGUAGUUGAAUAAAGUUUUAAGAUUUAUAAUUUGAAGAAACCUUUAGUAUUAUCAAUUUUUUUUACAAGUGUUAUAUUUUGUUUGGUCCUUUGAGAAAGUUGUGAUGGUCAGUAAUUUUUAUUUUAAGUUGCCUCUUACAAUAUCGGGUCUUG